AUGACAAGGCCAACAAUUCCUACCUAUAAAAUAAAGCGGACAGGAUGCGAAAUUCCAAUUAUUGGCUUCGGAUCUGGUACCAAGUGGCGUAUUGCCAAAACGACAGGCGAGAAUAAGGACCAGUUUAUGGAUGAGCUUACUAAACAAAUUGUGAGUGCUGUUGAUUGUGGUUUCAAUCACAUAGAUACUGCUGAUGUCUACAGAACACAUCAAGAGGUUGGAUCUGGUUUGGACGAAUGCUGUCUCCCUCGCAAUAAACUCUGGGUCACGGAUAAAUAUCAUGCAAAUUCGUCAACAUUACUAAAUAGUAAAGGUCCUCGCCAUUCACUAGAGAUGUCUUUGCAAAAACUGCACCUCACAUAUAUUGAUCUCUAUCUUAUCCACUCCCCAGAAGUUACCCUAGAAAAGGCAGGUAUUGAUCUCAAAGAAGCUUGGAGACAGAUGGAAGAACUUUAUGAAAUAGGAUUGGCUAAAAACAUAGGAGUAUCAAACUUUGAUGUUCCAAGUUUGCAAUAUAUAUUGACAUUUGCAAAAUAUCCUCCAAUGGUUAACCAAAUUGAAUUCAAUCCUUACUUACAGCAACAAUCACCUGGCAUUAUUGAGUAUUGCAAAAGAAAUGACAUUCUUAUUGAGGCUUAUUCGCCUUUGGUACCGCUUACUGGGGGGCGGCCAGGACCACUUUGUGAUGUGUUGCCAGCAUUGAGUAGAAAGUAUGGCAAAUCAGAAAUGCAGAUUCUCCUUAGAUGGGCAAUUCAAAACAACGUUGUGGUACUGACGACCUCAAGUCGCAAGGAACGUUUGGAAGAGUCACUUGCUAUAUUUGACUUCGAGCUUUCCCCGGAAGAUUUCAAUCAGAUUACAAGAGUCGGCCGCCAAAAGAUAUUUCGCGGGUUCUUUGGUCGUAUGUACAGCAAGUAUGACAAUGACUUAUACAAAGAUUUAAAGUAA